AUGUUUAUUAAACUCAGUGUCGUACUUGCUGUAGCAGUUGUUUUUAUUUCGUCAACUCAGGCUCAAAUUUUGUACAGUCCAUACUAUCCGGUUUAUGCUCCAUAUCAUACAACAUAUGUAGCUGGAGCAGUACCUGCUUAUGCACCAUACUAUAGUACAUAUUAUGGUUUUAUUGGAAGCAACAAGGGUGCAGCAAUGAACCGUCAACCUCAAGUAACCCAGAAAUCUGGUUUGAUCAAUAACUGA